GUUUGCGAAGCGCCGCAGCUGUAACAAGCUGGAGAUUGCAGAGCUUGCCGUCUCGGAGUCUUGGCUGGCGAAGCCAACAUCCAAGGUGUUUCGAGCAGCUCGUGCUGCGGUGGCGACGGCCUGGAAGCUGGAGGAGUCGGCGGUGCUGGCGGUGCGGGAAGGUGGAACCAUUGCGAUCUUGCCGCUGCUCGAGGCAGAGCUGGAAUGUGAUGUAGUGCAGAUGGCCUUCAGUCAGGCAUCUGAUGCCGUUCAUCUUCCCAACGAGCGGAUGUCACGUAGCGUUCUGGCACGGGCAGUUGAUGCCAUAGCAGGUGGCACGCCAGCUGUUCUUGGACUUCGCGUCUCUGUGGAGCAAGAGGACCCAAGAGCCCAGGCGCGGUGGUCCUGGUCGGCCACCGAGGGUGCAUGGCACUGCACUUACGACGAAUGCCAGCUUUACCUGCAUCCUGAGGUUUGUCACGCCUUGAGGUUGCAGGGAUACAAGAGCAUUCAGACCCUUUUUGAGGCAUCCUGGUUGGUGGCUGGGACGUCCGUCAACGUCGCUGCCAUCUACGGCGGAGUGCCGUACCGAGAUACCCGCGACGCGCUGUCGCGGGGCGCCGACCUUCUGGUCGCCACGCCGGGUCGCUUGGAGGAUGCAUGUGUUCGAGGCGAUCUGCUCCUCCGAGAUGUGCGUGCCGCCGUGCUGGACGAGGCGGACCGGAUGCUGGACCUGGGCUUUGAGGACCAAAUCCGUAUCCUGCUCACCAGGCGCAUGCCUCGAACAGGGAGCGGGCGACAGACGGCGAUGUUCAGCGCCACCUUCGGGAUCGGAGUGCAGCACCUCGCAGCGGACUUCCUGGAUGCCUACACCUUUGUGGCCGUAGGCCGUGUAGGGGGUGCCGCUCAGACGGUUGAGCAGCGGGUGAUUUGGGUGGAGGACGCUCGCAAGGCCCAGGCACUCUUGGGGACGCUCCUCGCUUUGGAGAGCACGAAGGGGACGUCGCCGUGUAGCAUUCUAGUCUUCGCAAACACCAAGGAUGCGGUGCGGCUCAUUGAAGAGAAGGUCCGUGCUUGGAGAUUCCGGGUCUUCUCGAUUCAUGGAGACAAGAAGCAGGAUGCUCGAGAGAAGGCGCUGCAACUCUUCCGCCACCAUGCGGAGGGCCGCAGCUCUGGCUCCAGGGACUCGGGCUCGGCCGUGCUGGUGGCCACAGACGUCGCAGCGCGCGGAUUGGACAUCCCAGACAUCACCUGCGUGGUGCACUAUGACCUGCCAAGAAGGAUCGACGACUUCGUGCAUCGAUCCGGCCGGACGGGCCGCCUGGGCAGGAACGGCCUCUCCAUCGGUUUCGCCAAUGCUCGGGCAAAGGGACUGAGCAAGGAGCUGGUGAAGUGCCUGGCAGAAGCGGGUGCAAAGAUUCCACCCUGGCUGCUGGGCAUGGCAAUUUCCACCGGCGAAGACCUUGAGGUCUUGGAGGCUCUGGGGCAGAAGUCUUCUGGAGGCUACGGAGCACAAGAUGUCCGCUUGCAGGGUGCAGGCGUUCAGACGGCUGCCGAACGCCGUGAAGCGCAGAAGCUGCGAAGCUUCGCAGAGGACGCAUACAGUGCUGCGAUGCCGGACGGCUCCGAAGCACCUGCUUGA